AUGAAACAGGAAGGAGCAUCGCCUGGACAAUGGCAGGAUCCACACUACAACCAGCAACACCAGUAUGCAGGCGACGCAGGAUAUGGACAGUCUCAGCAGGCUCCUCCGUACGAUCGUGGUAACUACAUGUCGAGCCCGCCUCAACAGGGUGGAGCAAACUCCGAUUAUUACAAUACUGGGCCACCAGCCGGGCCUCACCAGGGUCAAGGUGUUCCUGUCGGUCCGGAGGGUGAAAGAGGAUUCGCAGGUGGCUUGGGUGGCAGCGUGGCGGGUGGUUACCUGGGUAAAAAGAUGGGGGGUGGAGUUUUGGGUACCAUUGGUGGAGCAAUUGUUGGAGGCAUCGGCGGGAGUAAAUUGCAAGAUGAAGUGUAA